GAUAAAAUGUGAGUUUGUAAGUGAGCGCGUGUGCGACCCAGCGCACUCGUGGAAAAACCUUGUUGUUUCGUCGAGCUGCGUGAAAUGAAAUAACCGAACAGGAAACAUCGAUCGAGCUUCCUUCUUCUGGAUCAAGUGAGAACAGGUGAAUUCACCAUGGGCCGGCUCGAUGAUGCUGCAAAGCACAAAGUGGUAGAGCUGCGGAAGGCUGGCCUGAGUUUCCGUAAAAUCAAAGCUGUGCUGGAGCUGGAGAACAUUAAGGUUUCCGCUCAGGCCAUCUACUUGUUCCUGAGAGAGUUCCAGGGGAGGCCGCCAGGGAGGGUGAGACCUGUAGAGCCUGGAAGUAGCACAUCACCAGCACAGGUGCAAGCUCAAACUGGAGCAGUACAGCAGACCUGGAGUAACAUUCAAAUCCGAAACCUAUUACGGGAUUCAUCUCAACGUCCUGGCUUUGCAGCUGCUGCUGACUUUGCUAAACAGACUCCCACCAACUCAGAGGGCUCUUCCUCCGGGGAAACCAGUGGAGGCAACAGGAAAGAACAGAAACCUGAAGAACAUAAGGAUGAAAAUGAUAUCCAGAUUGUCAGUGUCACGUCACUCGCACAGCAGAGCCAACAAAGAGCUCCCCAGUCCACUCUACCAAGGUCAGAAACCAGUGCUAUGACUUCCACGCCAGCAGUGAAGCGGAGAGUCACACCUUCUCCAGCCACUAGUUCAAUGCUGGCAGCUCGAAAGAGACUUUUGGAUAAAGCAUUGUCACACAGAUUGAAGUUUUCAACAGUGGCGUCAUUGUUAAGGAGAGAUCCCUCAAGUGUCCAGGGCGCUGACAUGAGGAAUGCUGUGUCACAGCCACCUGAAACCUACGAUCUGACCACUGAAAAGACUGUUACAGGGAAUCAGCCUGGAAGUAGCAGCGCUCCUAGACGUUCUCUCACCCAGAGACCAGGGCUAUCUGUUCGUUCCCUUCCUCCUCCCCCUCAUCCUCCUCCUCGAGUUGGGAUUCGUCUUUCUAACCGGCCGCAAGCACCUUUAACAUCUGCGUCUCCCGGGGGCGCUGUUGUCCGCAUACAGGCCCCUGUGAGUCAGGGUGCCUCUCGUACUGAAGGGAACCCGAGUCCUCAGCAGGCAGCCCAGGACGCUGGAGUCAGAAGUGGUUUCCAGGAUCAGAUUCAGAGUUUGGGCUCUGAAGUGCGCAGCUUGGGCCUGGCAGUGAAGAUGCUUGUAGAGCAGCAGUGCCGUCUGGAGAGGGAGCAGUCGCAGCAGACCCAAAUUCAGAAGCAGAUCCUCAACACUCUACAGACCAUUGCAACCAAAAUGGGUCACGGUAGCGGUGUUCAAAAGCAGCAAAACAAAACUCCUUCACCCUCUGCUUUGGCAGCAGCUUCUGCCUCUACCUCGUUUAACCAAGACACCUUCAGUUUUAGUCAAGGCACUUACACUCAGUGUAGCCAAACCCAGCCUAGCUACAGCUCUUUAGAAGGUUUAGAAAAUGUGGAGGCCUUUAAAUUGCCAGGACUCAGUCCUACAAGCAUGAAUGGGUUUCCACCAUGUAGCAGUGCUGAAAGCCUUCCUCUUACUCACACCCCUUCUCAAACACAACCUUAUUCAGCUGCAUAUAUUCAGCAAACCAGUCAAGCACUCAUGCCUCCCUACACACAAUCCUAUGUCUCCACAUACAGCAUACAGUCACAUCCUCAGACUUUCAGAGCAUUAGAGAGUAAAACAUCGGAAUUCCAAAGCAGCUGCUCAACAAGGACUUUCCAGGACUGCAGCGUUUCCACUCAACCAGUGCUGAACUCGGACCACCCUUCACAGGAUCAGCAGAUUAAUAUUAUCAAAGUGGAAGGACCAUAGAUAGCUUUAGAUUCCACGCACUGUUUGAGGACCACAAGGGCUUUGAUGUACUUUUUUAGAGUAACUGUAGCAUUAUGAACAUGUUUUCAAAUAUAACAAUAAACAAUGUAGCAAUUUUUUUUAUUUAUUUCCAAAGGGAGAGGGUACAAUCAGCAAUAUAAUACACUGAUUACAAUCUUUUAGUAAAUGUUAUAAUUUGUAUUUACUACAGGCAACGAUUAAAUAAUUCUCACAUUUUAAAUGACAUGUUUAUCUUAUAUCACCAUGACUGGCAUUAUCAACUGUUAAUUUUCAUACAUCUGGGCAAACUGAUUAAAAAACAUAAGGACCUUAUUACGAUCCAAAGCAUGCUUCCAUUUCACUAUGUUAGAGAUGACAAGCUAACAUAUGAAACUGAGAAUGCUUAAAUAAAAAAAACGUAAUUCUUACAAGGGGCGAUUCAGGACAAAAUCAGAUGUGUGUAUAUUUUUUUCUGUGGUAGGUAUUUGUAUUUAGCCAUGUAGAUUGGUGAUGAGUUUUGGGUGUCUGCCUUAUUUUGAAUGUAAAGGAAGAAGACAACACUUUCACUGUUAUGCUAAAAAAAAUUACUGGUAAUGUUUCUUUCUGUAAAACUUUGUUUGUUUUUUUUACAGAAAAAAAUCAGGUGCUUUUA